GGAAAACAAAGCGAGCGGUGAGAGCCGGUCGCAGCGCUGACAGUAAAACAUAGAAAGUGGCGCAAGAAUUUAUGGAAGGGAAAUAGGCUGGCCGAGUCGUUGACGCUGCUUACUUUUGCAGAACUCGACUCGCGCGGGCCUCCCCCAUCCCCCAAUUUAUUAAACCCUAAAUCUUUUUUACUUAAAAAGUUAUAUUACAAUUAACAAUAAUUGGUUUUUCCCCAAGGCUUAUGUAUAACCUGUGUGAUUACACGACCUGCUACUCGGACCGAUUCAUUUUCCGACAACGAAUUCAUACCCGAACUUGGGAUAGAUCGGAGUGAUUUCUCCUUCGCCUACUUUGUCCAAAAACAAUGGAAGAAGCUCAUUCGGUGAAUAGUCCAAGACGGGUUCUAAGCUUCUCCAAGAGAAAGAAGCAAAAGCCCUUCGGUUUCCAGGAUUCAGACAGCAUAAGGUCGUCUCAGCUCAGAGCAUCGCAAGUGCAGGGACCUAAACCCUCUGAGGUGUAUGGUUUUGUAGGCUCCAUCUCCACCGUUGUUGCCACAGUGAUCUUCUUGAUAUGGGCUUAUGUUCCAGAUAAAAUGUUGGAGUCUAUAGGGAUCCAUUACUACCCAAGCAGGUACUGGGUCUUGGCUAUGCCCACCUACCUGAUGGUGACUUUGCUCUUAGGUUUGGCGUUUUACAUUGGUCUCAACUUCAUCUCCACUCCACACCCUACCUCUCUCAAUACCUUGUUUGAUGAGUAUAGUCGAGAACCUGGGGAGAUUGAUUCUCAGAUGGAGGAAGGGGACGAGAGGCCUAUAGAUCCAAUCUCUGACAUUGAUAUUACAAGAAUUAAUCAUCUUAUGUUCAAUUCAAGUGAUGUCAUGUGAUAGUUUUGUUUGGAUUCUUUGGAAGAUAAAACCAUCUAGCUUUUGAUUAAGUUAAUGACUGGUGGUGUUAAGUGAAACUGUUACUAUGUUUUUUUCUCCCAAUCUUUAUCAGUAGAGCUCCUUGUCUGUCAAUAAAGGAAACUGCAACAAAUAGGUUGUAUCAUAAUAGAAAUUCCAAUUUUCUUUGCAACAUAAAUAAAGGAAAAUACCAAC